AUGAGUGUCCUACUAGAAGAUAAGUUUUCCGUGAAUGUGGGUAAGCGGAGAAAGGACUUCAAGGUAACCUUGAGUCAGAAGUCGUUGCUAUUGCAACCCGUGGAUAUUCUGGCGAGUCGGAAGAUUGAGUUGGCACACGAGAAUGUGAUCACCACAAAACUCUUGCUGACUGACCCGGACAGCCCCCAAGAUUGUCUGUUCAGAGUGGUAUAUUGUCUGGUGCCCAAAAUCAAAUGUCAAGUGUAUGAGUUCUAUCCACAUUCGGAUACCAGGGAGCCAGAGAAGUUGGCAGCCUUGUGGGUUGCCAGUCUUCAGAAAACCUUCAGCCUACCCAUCAAGGUCAGAAGUCAUCAGUUGCUCUUUGUGGUGGAUGAAGGGCAUGGCAUGCAUUUGUACGAGAAAGUGCAACCCAUGUUUGAUGCUUGCGGGUACAAUCAUGAACUGAUGGAGGUUACGGCCAAGGGUCAAGUCCUCAAGCGCCUCAAAUCUGAACCAAAGAUCAACCGCUUCGGAGGCAUCGUGGUCAUUGCCAAUGAGAGCCUCUUAGCUGAGGUCUUGUCUGGAAUCCACUCCCGGGAUGAGUGGAAGUGUCUCCUCCAGACCAUAUCUAUUGGCCUCAUCCCCAUUGGCGGCGUCCUGGGUUUGAGCCAGUCUUUGAGUAGCCUUCAACGUGGAUCCCACCACCGGGCAGACCCAACCUUGGCCGGGAUUUUCAAUUGUCUGCGAGGCCGCACCGCUCCAGUGGAUUUGUUUCGUCUUGAAGGACACAACUUGAAAACAUUGGGUGUUUCCAAUCUGGGAUUUGGUAUUCUCCCCGACAUUGCCAAGGAGUCCCAAGGUUGCUGCAAGUGUUGGAUCCAGUCCUGGAGGAUCCUCAACCUGCGCAGACACUCUUUCCGGAUUGCCUAUCUACCGUACCUGACCAGUGAGAACAAAUUCGAGUCAAUCAUUAGCAAGGAGCAUUUGGAGCUGGACAAUCAGUUGCCCGAUGGGAUCCAGGGUGACCUUCCUCCGGGAUGGAUCUCGGAAGAAAACGAUUUCAUUGGUGUGCACGUCACUAACCUACCUUUCCUUGACGAUCGUCGGAGCCUUGUUCCCAACGCAAAGAUGAACGAUGGCAUUCUCUGGCUCUUCCUGAUCCGAUCAUUGACAUCCAGAGCAGAUCUAAGGACAUUUCUCAAUGGACUCAAACGCAGAGAAGUGCCCCCUUUGGAUGGAAUCGAUGCCAUUAAGAUCAGAGCGUUUCGCAUUGAGCCAUUAUGUGAGGCACGUGCCGACCAAGAAUACACUUUUGAUGGUCAAGAUUUGGCCUUUUCCACCGUGCAAGGACACGUUUUACCCAGUGGGUGUCGCCUAAUGUGUGAUCGUUACUGA